AUUUGGACCAGACUCUCAGGAUGAAGCUUCAUGUGCAGUUGGCAAUUGUCCUGUCUCUUUGGGCUGUUGAGAGCAGGUGUGUAACUGCUAAAACCAGGUUAUUGUCGCCUGUGCAGCUCAGUUUAUUCUACGAGACUUACUGCCCAGACUGUCGUCAUUUCAUGAUGAACCAACUGUGCCCAACGUGGUUGAGGCUGGAAGACAUUAUGAAUAUCUCGCUGAUUCCAUUUGGCAAUGCCAAGGAGAUUCAAAAUGGCCAGAAUUGGCAGUUCGUCUGUCAGCAUGAAGAGGAUGAGUGCCAAGGGAACACCAUCCAGGCAUGCAUGAUUCAUUACCUUAAGAAUGCUACAAGUUAUAUGCCAGUGAUUUGCUGCAUGGAAUCUGCCUCUUCACCUCUCACUGAAGCCCAGAGAUGUUUACAAGCACAUGCACCAACAGAGGUGCUCUGGGAUACCAUUAAAAGCUGUGUGAAUGGGAGCAAGGGAAAUGAAUUGAUGCAUCAAAAUGCUCAAAUGACAAAUGAACUGGAACCACCACAUAAUUAUGUCCCAUGGAUCUUGAUCAAUGGG